AUGAGAGCAGGUGCUACCGUACGUGCUACUUCUGAUAGUAUUGCUAUACCACUAAUUGCCAGUGGUCAUUCCUAUUCGUCAAGUGAUCUUGGUUCGACUGUAUCUACUAUGUUCUCGUUGGCGGAUAAGUUGGAAAAAUUAACUAUCAAUCUUGUUCGUGCUGCUGAUAUGAAGGCACGAGAUGAAAAUAUGGUACCUGAUGUUUCUGCUAAACCUCGUAGGAAAAUCGUAUGUUUCUUCUGUGAUGAGGAGGGACACAAGAAGCAUGAUUGCCCUAAGUAUCUAUCUAACAAGAAUGGUGAGGAUGGUGUAAGGCCGACCCCAGCGUCUGGAACAAAGCUUACUACCUUGACGGGAAAAGGGAUAGAACAUCAGUAGGGAAGGUUAUUGAUGUUUGAAUUGACAAUAUAUAU